AUGGCCAGCCCAGUUCCAUUUAAGUUUGAGAGCAUGAGUAAGAGCGUCGGUUACCUUGGUUUUUUCUCUAAUUCUAAAGAAUUAGAGACCGACGCCGGAAAGCCAGAGCAGUCCUCAGGCCUCGAGCGCGCCAUAGAGAACAUGUGCCGCAAGACCCGAGACCUACGCCGGCAGCUGCGCAAGGCCGUCGUCGACCACGUGUCCGACAGGCCUACCCAGGCAGUACACACCCGAGGCCUAGAGAACAUGUGCCGCAAGACCCGAGACCUACGCCGGCAGCUGCGCAAGGCCGUCGUCGACCACGUGUCCGACAGGCCUACCCAGGCAGUACACACCCGAGGCCUAGAGAACAUGUGCCGCAAGACCCGAGACCUACGCCGGCAGCUGCGCAAGGCCGUCGUCGACCACGUGUCCGACAGGCCUACCCAGGCAGUACACACCCGAGGCCUAGAGAACAUGUGCCGCAAGACCCGAGACCUACGCCGGCAGCUGCGCAAGGCCGUCGUCGACCACGUGUCCGACAGUUUCUUGGAGAGCAACGUGCCCCUGCUGGUGCUGAUGGAGGCGGCCCGCAACGGCCACGAGAAGGAAGUCGAGGAGUACGCCAUCGUGUUUACUGAACAUGCCAACAAACUGGUCGAGGUUGCUAACCUGGUGUGCUCCAUGUCGAACAAUGAAGAUGGCGUCAAGAUGGUGCGUCACGCCGCCGGACAGAUCGAGGCGCUGUGCCCGCAGGUGAUCAACGCAGCCCGCGUGCUCGGCGCCCGCCCCCGCUCCCGCGUCGCUCAAGAGAACGCCACCGCCUUCGCUCGCGCAUGGGAACAAGCGGUCAAGCUGCUCACUGAGGCCGUGGACGAUAUCACUACUAUUGACGACUUCCUGGCCGUCAGCGAGAACCACAUCCUGGAGGACGUGAACAAGUGUGUGGUGGCGCUGCAGGAGGGCGACCCCGACUCGCUCGAGCGCACCGCCGGCGCCAUCCGCGGCCGCGCCGCCAGGGUUUGCUCCGUGGUGACCCAAGAGAUGGACAACUACGAGCCGUGCAUCUACACCAAGCGCGUGCUAGAAGCCGUCACCGUGCUCAGAGACCAAGUGAUGUCAAAAUUCGCCGUCCGCGUGGACGCGGCGGUGUCGGCGCUCGGCGGCGGCGCCGGGCUCGACGAAAACGAGUUUAUCGACGCCUCGCGGCUCGUCUACGACGGCGUCAGGGAGAUACGCCGCGCCGUGCUCAUGAACCGGACGAGCGACGACCUUGACACGGACACCGAGUUUGAGCCGGUCGAAGAUAUGACCAUGGAGACCAGGAGCCGAUCGAGCGCGCACACCGGCGAACACGGUGUGGACGAGUACCCGGACAUCAGUGGCAUUACCAACGCUAGGGAAGCCAUGCGCAAGAUGACAGAAGAAGACAAGCGCAAGAUCCUGCAGCAGGUGGAGCUGUUCCGCCGCGAGAAGAUGACAUUCGACAACGAGGUCGGCAAGUGGGACGACGCAGGCAACGACAUUAUCACGCUCGCCAAGCACAUGUGCAUGAUCAUGCUCGAGAUGACGGACUUCACCAGGGGCCGCGGUCCUCUCAAAACCACAAUGGACGUUAUCAACGCCGCCAAGAAGAUCUCCGAAGCCGGCACCAAGCUGGAUAAACUCACUAGGGAGAUCGCCGAACAGUGUCCAGAAUCAUCGACGAAACAAGACUUGCUUGCGUACCUCCAACGCAUCGCCCUGUACUGCCACCAGAUACAGAUCACCAGCAAAGUGAAGGCCGACGUCCAGAACAUCUCCGGAGAGCUCAUCGUCAGCGGGCUCGACAGCGCGACGUCGCUCAUCCAAGCGGCCAAAAACCUUAUGAACGCCGUGGUCCUCACGGUGAAAGCGUCCUACGUCGCUUCAACCAAGUACACGAGACAGGGAACCAUCGCUUCCCCGAUAGUGGUGUGGCGCAUGAAGGCGCCCGAGAAGAAGCCCCUGGUGCGGCCCGAGAAGCCCGAGGAGGUGCGCGCCAAGGUGCGGCGCGGCUCGCAGAAGAAGCAGCCCAGCCCCGUGCACGCGCUCGCGGAGUUCCAGUCGCCCGCCGACAGCGUUUAACGCGGAGAAGCUGAUUCCCACCACGCAUCAGCAUCACGAAGUAGAAAAUUAUAAGCAUUUGUUCAAUAUUAAGCUCAUAUUUAUAUUCCGAAAGUGUGAUUUUCUUUUAAUGUAUUGGAAAGAUAUUUUUUUUAAUUUUUAUUCAAAUUAUUUAAUCUUAUUUCGAUGAGAAAUAUGUAAUCACAUACUACAUUAUAGACUGUGUGACUAUAUUUAUGAAGCUCAUAUAGCCAAUGCGAAUUAAGAUUUGCAGUUUUAAAUCACUACAUAGGUAGUAUAAAACAAAGUCGCUUCCUGUUGUCUGGAUGGAUGUCUGUCACUAUGUAUGCUUAGAUCUUAUAAACUACGCAACGGAUUUUGAUGCGGUUUUUAAUAGAUAGUGAUUCAAGAGGAAGGUUUAUAUGUAUAAUACAUCAGCAUUGCACCCGUGCGAAGCCGGGGCGGGUCGCUAGUGAUAUAAUAAAUUACAAGCAAGCAUGAGAUAUGCAGCUCAAUCCGAAAAUGAUACUUGUUUCAACCGUAUUAUUUAACAAUACUAUUAAUACUAUACAAUAAGUAUAGUAUUAAUAGUAAAUAAGUGUCAUUUGCAUCGGCUAUCUGUGCCCGAAUCAUAAAAAAAAUAAAAAUACAACAAAACAAUCAGGAGAACUUUAACAUUAGGUUAAAAGGUUAAAUGGUAUUUAAAUUAAAGUUUUUCAAUCCAAUUAAUUUUGUAUUAACCAGAGGCGUCUACUAACGAUACGACAAUGAGGAAAAUAAAUACUGCCUCGGGCGAGACUCGAACCCGCGACUUAAAGCUAUCGAGACUCGCUCAAAGCACAGUACUUUAGUCAUUUUUCCUUUUUUGCCUACAUUUUCAUAUACAUUUGGUUAUAUAUUUCUCAUCCUUUAGUUUAAGUAUGAUUUGCGUUUUGGUGUAACAGAUACAAGGAAGCUAUCAAUGAUUGUGUGACGCCUAACGUAUAAUAAGGCAGCCAAAUUAUAGGUCAAGUAGAAUUUUGUAUCCCGUAGGUUAAUUAUAAUACUUUACAUCGUUACAUCACAACUAUAAUAUGAAAAAGUUGAGGUAAACUUGACAACAAAUUUUUUGGAUUUUCAAUUAAGCUCAUUAGGGCUUGUGUUGUGGGACUUGUGGGUACACGAAGGUGUAUAUAUAACGUAUAAUUAUAUAUACAAAAAUACAAAAAAAAUACAAUUUUUUUUUAUUUAAUUAAUUAGCAAUAUAUAAUGAUUUAAAGGGAUGGAGCCGACCAGUAAGCAUAAGAAUGCCUGUGUCGGGAGACACCGAUAUAUAAAUAUAAAUACAUAAAAAAAUAUCAAUAAAUCAGAAACAAAAAUUUGUGAUAAACACAAAUAAAUGCCUUUUUUUUAGACGCAGGGGUUAAUGCAUUUACUUAUCUCACCCCCGGGCUGGGGAAGCCCAUUGGGGGGUGGUAUGUGGGACUCGCUCCUCCCGUACAUCCUCUGUUAGCCAGAGGAAGGGGAGAAGAAUACCCACUAACAUCCCCUGCGGCGACACCCUCUUUACCGUUAGGGGAGCGUCAUGGGCAUGCGGCAUUCUAUCCGCAACGCCCCCCGGACAAAUAAAUGCCCUUACCAGGAUUCAAACCCGGGAGAUCCAGCUUGUAUAGUCAUUCACGCCUAAAUAACAACGAAACCAUAUUAAAUCACAUUUAAAACCUGAGGAGGAGAUUUGUGUGACGCAACAAAUCACACAAAUCUCUGUUUUGACAUUUUGCUGGGACAUCAGUUAGCCGCGACCACGACCAGUGAAACCUGUGUCGAAACGUCGGUAAAUUAAGGUAACAAAAUAAAUUCGCGAUAGACCCGAUUUUAAAUGUGAUUUAUAUGUGUUCAAAACGCGGAAGUUUUAAAUGAUAUAACAACGAAACCUCUGAAAAUGGGACAGUUUAUAUUAAAAUUUUCACAAAACAGCAAUCCGUUUUUAAUGCUCUUACGUGUAGUCUGUUUUAACGGUGUAAAGUUUGUAGAAUACUUAAAUAUAACUAUGAAUUAACAAAUGUAACGAAAAGUAUUAAAAUUAUAUUAAGGUCGUAAAAAAGAGCUGUUCGUUUAAUUGUAAUGACAAUUUAUUUAUAUUUUAUGAUUAAGUUACUUAAGCAAUAUGCGUAACGUUUUUGUUUAAUCUGCCUUUUAUUUUCAAUGUUAUUCAUUACAUAUCUGUCUGUACUUUAUAAAAUAUACCCGGCAGAUUCGAUUUUUUUUUUAUAUUUCUUGAGAUUUUUAAUUGACAAUACUCUAUCGAUAAUGCUACAUAUUUAAGUAGUGAUAAAAUCAUUAAAUUUAUCGUUUAGUUUUAAGAGCAGCUCGCAAAAUUCACUAUCAGAACUUUGAUAUAUGUAUUAGACUUAUAUUGACCGGGAUAUAGACCGUGAUUACCUUUUGUAUUAUUUGUGAGCUCCCGAUAUUUCGACGCCGCUAUCUUCAGUAACCCGUGAACAUGAUGCAUGUAACUGCGUCGAAAUAUCGGGAGCUCACAAAUAAUACAAAAGGUAAUCACGGUCUAUAUCCCGGUGAAACUAACCGUGAAUCAUUCAAAACUCUAGAUAUAUGUAUUAUUAAGAAAUACAUAGCAAUACUUUAUAUUUAUCGUGUACUUUAUGUAACCACUUUUGUUAUUUAAUAUAUUUUAAAGUAAUAAAACUAUGAAAACGGAUUAUAUCGCGUAUAUUGGAAUCCGUUUUCAUAGUUUUAUUUCAUGUGUAACUAUCGCCGUAACCGAAGACAAUAUUAUAUUUUAAAGUACAUAUUUAACCUUUUUUUAAAGAAAAAAUAUUGUGGUAAGUAAAAUCAGUUCUUACCGGUAUACUAAAUAAUGCAGUCUCUGUUGUUAUUGACUUAUUGUAUUUAAAUUUAAUAUUCGAUUUGAAUUUCAUAUCAUUGUCCCAAACUUAAAUAAUUCAAACAUCUUACAAUAUAAUUUACAAAAAGGUUAAAUUUGUACAUCAAUCAAUAGUGUUUAUGUUUUGUGUUUACUCAAAAGACGUCCGAAUAUAGAACCGAAACUUUAAUGACAUUUAUUAGUUAUUUCCUUACAAUAAUUCACUCACAACUUAUUAUGAAAACAGUAUUAAAUAUGUAUUCUUGCCACAAUAUAGAAAUAUAUGUAUCGGGCGUCAUCAUAAAUAAUGUGAUUAUUUAAAGUACUUUAAAAAUAAAUUAUUAUCACUAUUAGAUAUAAACAAUAUUAACUCUGUACUUUAUUCCUAAAAAACUUGCGUGCGAGUUUUGAAGAGAUAUACUUCCAUGGCUCUGCCAUUUUUAAAAAUCGAAUACCUAAUUGAAUAACAAUAUAAUAUACUCAAACACACUCACUUUGUCAGUAGAAAAAGGCGCGAAAUUCAAAUUUUCUAUGGGAAAUCGACUUCGCGCCUACAGUUUAAAAAAUUUCCAAUUUUUGUUCUAAUCUAACUGACAGGCUGAUGGACCGGUAAACUGAUAAUCAGUGGGCCCCUUUAGAUGUUUUAAAUCUGAUCAAAACUCGCAUGUAUACUUACUUAAAGACUAAUUCACGUGGGGCGAGUUUCUCGUAAGAUUUGUAGGUGAAAAAGCGUAUCACAUUGUAAACUAUCAUCGUGCAAAACUACGUUUAUGUGAGUUUUUAAAAUCAUUGCUAAAAUUGCCUACGAUUAUAUCUUACACUUGUAUUGAUCGGGAGCUCACAAAUAAUACAAAAGGUAAUCACGGUCUAUAUCCCGGUCAAUAUAAGUCUAGUGAAACUAACCGUGAAUCAUUCAAAACUCUAAGAUGAAUAUGAAGAAUAAUCGCUCUUCGGGGUGAUAUCGUAUGAAUAUAAUUUUUCAUUUUCAUUUCAUUUCAUUCAUCAAUAUUUUAUAGAGGUGCACCGGAUAUUCGGUAUCUGGCCCUUAUUUAAAUAUCCGGCCGGAUACCGGAUUGUCCCGUACUAUCUGGCCGAAUACCGGAUAGUAUCUUUGCUUGAUUUCGAAGUAAACAAAUUGAAUUUUAGAAACAGUCACGGUCGUACUCGUUUAUUAUUUUAAAACAAUUUAAAUUCGAACUCGAUUCGAACGUAGAAAUAAGUCCGCGCGAACGUUCACUACGAAACAGGUCAAAACCUGCAAAAUGCGCGUGCGCACCUGGAAAACCGAAAUGUAGGUAUAAUUCCGUCGGUCGGAUACCGAAUAUUCGGGCGAUUGUCAAGCCGAACAUCCGGUAUCCGGCCAAACAACUAUCCGUUGCAUCUCUAAUAUUUUACAUGCUGAUAUAAUUCUCAAAGCGAGAAACUCGUGCCUUGUGCAUGGCCGCUAGUGUUUUGACAGCAAUAUACAUGUCACUAAAUAUAAUCAAAUCAAGGUAACUGUCUCAGCAAUGGUUAUCAAAUAACUUAAUAAUAAUAAUAAAUCCAUUUAUUUAAGACAACAUAGGUCCAACACAAUCAUAUUAGUCAUAUUACAACGUAAAAAGCAGAAGUAAAAGUAAAAUAAAAUACAAAACCGAAGUUUGACAGCGGUUCAAGGACGAAUCAUGCCGCUUCUUUUUAAUAUAAGGCACUAUCCCUUUCGGCUAUUUAGGGUUGUCAAAAUUCGAGUCAUUAUCUUAUCUGUGGCCGUGCACGCAAAGGGACGUCAAGUUGUGUCAACCCUAAUAAUUGCUCGGAGCAAUUCUGAGCCGAACAAAGCCGAGAAUACCCGAAUUCCACCCAUUUUGAUACCACAAACUGCGCAAGUGUUAUUUAAACGUCAUAAUUUCAUAAGUUUGAAAUAACACUUACAUACUCUGGGCUAUCAAAGUCGCUGCUAACUUAGCUAAAGUCAAACUUGCUACUUAUUGAAAUGCAGUCCCACAGCGGCACGCAAGAAACCUGCUAGGGUAAAAGUUCUGCUGACUAUAUUGUGUAUGACAAAGAUUUAACAGUUACUUUCAAUAUUGUUUUUCACACUUGCGAGGCAUCUUUCAAACCAGACUUAUAUUGACCGGGAUAUAGACCGUGAUUACCUUUUGUAUUAUUUGUGAGCUCCCGAUAUUUCGACAAGUGUGAAUGCGACCGUUGGUAACGUUGAAAGUGAACGCAGCCGACGCGCAAGAAUGAGGGUAGACAGAGCGCUGUCUACACAACUUUGACACCCACCCGCUAUCUUCAGUCACCCGUGAACAUGAUGCACGUAACUGCGUCGAAAUAUCGGGAGCUCACAAAUAAUACAAAAGGUAAUCACGGUCUAUAUCCCGGUCAAUAUAAGUCUAGUGAAACUAACCGUGAAUCAUUCAAAACUCUAAUCUUUCAAACCAUUUUUGACGCAAGGCAAGAUACAGCCACGAUUGAAAAUUUUACAGUACAUAUGGUGCUACUUUACCGCACUAGUGCGAUAAUUAGCACAUUACGUAACUAUGUCGCAAAAUUUAAAGGGCCAUAUGUACCGUAAAACGGAGUCUUAACGUAGUCAUGUGCGAAUAGAUAAUUCGCAUCUCGUGUAGACUCGAGUCCCCAGCAAGCUUGGUUCUCCAUACAAACGUAGUUCCGCUCUCAUUUUAAAACGACUAGCUAGAUUGCUCUGAAACUUUGUACUCACAAUAGGAUAAGGUAUAUCUAUGUCUGAAAUUAGUUUAUGUAGCUUCAGAUACCAAAGUAAAAAAAUACAGCGAAUUUAAGUUUUUCGUAUAAAACUUAAAUGUGCCCUAUUUCCUUUGUUUUAUAAAUUAGAGCUAUAUAAACUAAUUUCAGACCUAAGUUUCAUUACAAUCCAACACGUAGUUUUAAAAUGAGAGCGGAACUACGUUUGUAUGGGAAGGUGCUAUUUGGCCGAGCUUGCCGGGGACUUACACUCGUUACGACUUUCCUAUUUAUCGCACUUGUAUCGUAAUGUACUUAUGUAACUCCAUUAGUAUUUUUACAGCUGAAUUCAGUUAAUAUUAUAACACCUUUAACGAGCAAGUUUCAUAAUGAUUUAUUUCGGGAGCUCACAAAUAAUACGAAAGGUAAUCACGGUCUAUAUCCCGGUCAAUAUAAGUCUAGUGAAACUAACCGUGAAUCAUUCAAAACUAAGUUUCAUAAUUUUGCAAUUGUUCCAUGGAACUGACUUUCUUUGCGUGUUGUUAGUGUUGUUACUGCAAAAAAAAAAUACAGUCAGCCAUGUAUCCAAAAUCAUGUUUAUAGAAAUUACUUGAAUUCAAUAUUUCAUUGGAAUAUCAGAUUCCACGUUGUUGCCGCUGAGACAGGAGCCUAAUAAAAUAAGAAAUGCAUUAAAAUAUAGUGUUAACAUUUUACCCGACAUUUUGUAAGGUUUUGCAGUUUUUACCAUUUUUCUACAUUUUACGAUUGAAUUAGUAGAACAAUAAAAUAUGUAAUCUUAA